AUGAGAGUUUCAAUUGGUCGGGAUACGUUCAACCAUUUGACGUCAUGGCUAGAGGAUGCACGACAACACAGCAACAGCAACAUGGUGAUAAUGUUGAUUGGAAAUAAGAGUGAUCUUGAAGCUCGACGUGAAGUAAAACGGGAAGAAGGCGAGGCUUUUGCCAGAGAACACGGGCUCGUGUUCAUGGAGACAAGUGCAAAGACAGCAGCCAAUGUUGAAGAGGCUUUCAUCGACACGGCGAAAGAGAUCUAUAGAAAAAUUCAAGAAGGCGUGUUUGAUAUAAAUAAUGAGGUACGUUACAGGACAUAUAUGAGGUUUCGUGGGUGUAGGUUGUGA